CAGAUGAGAUCCGGAACCUGAGGUGUUUCCGUGCAGGACAGGAUGCAGACAUGAACUGCACGUGGCAUAGAGGACGACACCCAUUGAUAGCCACCAAUUACACUUUGUACCUUAUGAAACAACAGCAGGCACACAGUAAAACAAAAUAUCCAGUGCUGGAGGAACAGAUGGUGUCGGUAAAACGAUCAGCCCUAAUAAAAAGUAUGCUGUACCUUGUUUGGGUUGAGGCUGAAAACCAACUUGGAAAAGCAGUAUCUGAAAAUCUGACAGUUAACAUUGAUAAAAUUGUUAUGCUGGACACCCCUGUUAUUACCAGUUUUACAGUAGGAGAGAAUGACGUUGAAGUUAUGUGGAACAUUCCAAAUGCAGACCAACAACAUAAUGGGAUCACCUGCCAAGUGCGUUACAGGAAAUAUGGCAUAGCAGAAUGGAUUAAUCUAAAUGAAGACGCCAUUGGAAACCAGUACUGUGGCUUGGAAGAACUAGAAGCAUUUACAGAGUAUGAAUGUGAGGUGCGCUGUAUAUCUAGAACUGGAGAUGGGCUCUGGAGUGACUGGAGUCACCCUUUAAUCUUUCGGAGCCAUGAGGAUGCACCAAAUGGCACACUGGAUGCUUGGUGGUAUUUUCAGCCUACAAAUUCAAGCGAGAGGCAGGAGCUGGUUGUUCUUUGGAAGACACUUAAACCAGAGGAAGCUCGUGGCCAGAUCACAAAUUAUAAAAUCCAGUGGAAGCAAGGCACAUUGCUGGACACUAAGUAUUUGAACAAAUGCUGUUCUGUUGUCCUGCCAUGGGAUACCAUCUUUGUUAACAUCACAGCAAUCACAGCCAAAGGAUCAACAAAACCAGCAUUAUUGAGCACACAGCUAUCAGGUCACCUUCCUUUCAAGAUGUUGACGGUAGUGUACUAUGAUGGCCGCUAUCUCAAAGUUUCAUGGCCAGCAUAUGACAAUGACAACAUACGUCAGCUUCUGGUGGAGUGGCAGAAAGCAGUGGCAGAAGUGGCUGUACCACCUAAGUGGACUCGAAUUCCUCCAUCAAGCAAUAGCAUUUUGCUGGAAGAUUCCUUUGAGAAGUUCGUUCCAUACAGGAUAUCCGUUUAUGCACUGUUCGAAAAUGGCAGCUGUGAAAGUCUAAUUAAUGACUUGGUCUACGCAAAACAAGGAGUUCCUUCUGUCGCUCCCAGCAUUUUAACGCUGAUUCAGGUUGGAUCAGUGGUGCAGAUAGUCUGGACUGAGAUACCGCUCGAGCUGCAGCAUGGCUUCAUUACCAACUACAACGUGUAUUUAUGUUCUGUGGCUCCUAAAGCAAAAGUGCAGACAUUUAAGUAUGGUGUUCGAAAUGUUACCAUGAACAUUGAUCCGGGAGAAUAUGAAAUCUGUAUCUCUGCAUCGACAGCUGAAGGAGAGGGGAAUGUGAGUGCUGCAGUGCGUUUCAAGGUACACGUACCAGAAACCGAUCACAUAGUCCUCGUGGUGAUCAUCUCAGUAGUUGUCAUCUUGCUCUUCAUCUUCAUCAUCAUUCUACUUUUAAAGUGUCGUAAAAACAUUCAUGAUUGGUGUUUGAAGCACCUUCCUGUCUGGUGCUGCCAACAAGUACCUGCUCCCAGGUGUGAUCACGUUCAGUUCCCAGAGACAUUGUUUCUCACCAGUGAAGAUGGCUGCCUAAAUGAAGAGCCUGCCAUUGUAAGUAUAGAGGAGAUAGAAGAGACACCGCAGCCAGAAACAAUGGUGUCCCAGAAUUCCGACAUGUUCGAAGAAGACUAUCGCUCCAUCCAGGACUCAGGCUCAUCACUACUGUUCUCAGAUAGUGAGAACAGUGGGAUUAGUACACGGCAGAUGUCAGCUGAAUGUGCCCCACCUGCUCCCUUCAGUUCAGGCUAUGAAAAGCACUUUAUGCCAGUUGAUAUUUAAGGUUCCCAAUGUACAUGAGUUCAGAAUGUCUGCGGCACGGAUACAGCGUUGCAGGUCUGAGUCAUGAAGGAGCAAACAAUCUUCCAGUUACUCCUGGAUCACUUCUGUGUCCUUAAGUUCUUCUGUUAUGUUUAUCAAGCCCAGCAGGACAAAGUGCUAGUUAGGAGCACUAGUUAUGGAGGACUAAUCUGUUAACUUUUGCUGUUGCAGAAAAAGCAACAUAGGAAGAAGUACCUGUUGAGGUGGGGUCCUGUUCAGCGCUUGUGUUUUAGAGGCAUUAAUUCUUCACAACUGCAUGACAGAUAGCUAUGUAAAUGCCGUGAAGCCAUUUCAGCCUUUUUAUUUAUGUGUAUUAACUGGAUUAGUCUGUCUAGGUCUGUGAUGUAUUUUAAGGGAACACCUAAAGUGGCAUUCACACUGACUAAGUGACAUUUAGCCAGAACACUGUUUUUUCUUUUAUAUUAAAAGGAGCUAAAGAAAUGUAGUAGAUGUUUUUGGAGCUGGGGUGGGAGACCUCUCUAGUAUUGAGUACAGAAUAGGCAGUUACUGAGUAAGGCCACGAACAUGAAAUGGUGUAACUUUUUUGUAGAGAGUGUCUUACAGAAAACUACCUUUGAAGGGUCAAAUACUGUGUAAAGCAGUAUCCAGAAGAUAAUGUCUAUUAUAGAAAUGUGGUGUGUAGAAAUCUGACUCACUCACUUUCUUGAGAGGUUACAGGAUCAAAACCUGUCAAUGCUAAAAGCAAAGUUAAGGAAGUAGAAGGUUUACGUUUGUUUUUAAUGGUUGACAGAAGAUGUGACUUCGUAAUGGAUUUAUGCAGUGGGGACUGCACUGACAGGAAUAUACUUUUUGUUUUGCUGUAUGGAAAAUUUGGGAGGUGAGAUGCAAUUAUAGUUUAUGCAGUGAACAGUGGAAUAAUGCUGCUAUUGCUAAUGCAAUUGUUACAUAUGUAAAAACGCAGUCAUGGGAUCAAGUCCCUUUCUUUCUCUUUUACUGUAGAUGUGUAAUUCUGACUUGAUGUUCCCUGUUGUUGUAUGGUUUGGAUAGUAUUUUUCAGAUAACUUUGUGUAACGUUCUGUGUUUUUGUUAGUAUCACUCCUUCUCUUUGUUCACAUUCUUUUUACAAGUGCUGCCUGUCAGCCAUCAUCCCUCUUGUUAUUGGUUAGCCUGUUCCUUCUCCUUAGUGGCGGGACAUUUGUGAGAGGCCAUGAUUCAGGCAGACAUCAGGGUUUUCUGCUUGAUGGCCCAAAUCCCAACCACUGGCAGGUUAUAGGAUUUCUGACUUGCACAAAGACCUGAUACAGGUUCAUCAUACCCUCCUGGUAGGCCACUGUAUAUUGUAGCUUGGUAUUGUAGCUUGGCAAACCCAAAAGCAUUUCUCCCUCUCAACUGCUGCAUGCUGUUCUCCUGCUUUACCAUAGGACUCAGCAUUAUAGAAGACAGGGCCACUUCACUCCACCCCAGGAUGGAUGAGCUGACAUCGGAUGCUUAGUCUCACCUUCUCUGAUUAACUUCUCAAACAGCUGGUGUGCUAAUUCACCCCAGGUUCUGUAGUUCAUAGUCAGGGAUCUGUCCCUCCUUUACUUGGAGCUGACCCUAAUACACUUCUCCUGUUCUUGAAAAGUGACAUAGGAUUUUUACCAUCCACCUGACGUACCACCAAUUAAGGGAAAUGGACCUUGUUUAAUUAAUGCCUUAUGGAGUGCAAUAUCGUCCGGUGCUGCACUGUAGAAGUGCAUGGAUUCAGGUGCCUUUUGUGGGAUUAGAACCCACAGCCUGUGCAUGUUGCUGACUUCAAAGGCAGGUUUGCAACCUGUUAAGAUACAGAUGCUGCUUUCAUGAUAAUAGGGGAUAACCGCCAGGUAGCAAUUUCUGCAUUUGAGUUGCAGAUUUUAAUUAACUGUAAUGGCACUGAAUCCAUCAGAUCCAUACUAUUAUAGAGAACAUAUAUAUUUUGGAACUUUGUUUUCAUUCACUGGUACAUGGGACACCAGUAUGGUCAGGAAAAAGUCAGUUUACAUUUCAUUAGAAACUGGAAUGCCUCAUUCACUGAGCAUCGACAUGUUUUUCAUUCUACAUAGAACACGUCUGAAACCAAGAGCUUGCAGGAAUGUUUGCCACUUUUUGUGGUGAAACUGUGUGUUUGCAACUCCAGCCUUUAGUGUCAAUCACAGUACUCAGGUAAUAUGGUAGGUGACUGUUCCUGUCAAUCACAGUUGUCAGGUAAUGUGGUAGGUGACUGUUCUUGUCAGUCACAGUCAUCAGGUGAUGUGGGAGGUGACUGUGCCUCAGCACAAGUUCAAACCAAUAAAUGCUGAUUGCUUGUAAAAACCUUAAUAAAACUACA